AUGAGCUAUUUGCAUGUACACGUCACCACGUUACGUCAUCCGUGUUGCAGGGUGGAUGACGGCUACCUGUGUCAUAAGACGUGCGAGGUACGCGACACGGCCUGCUCGGGCAAUCUCACGCACACCAUCACGUACCAGUGGAUCCAUCUGCCCAGCAUCGCCGUGCUACCGGCGCCCAUCGUCAUCACCAACAUGCAGGCACUCGUCAGGUCUGGGAUGCAGGCGGUACAGGUUACAUAUGAGAUCUUGAUUGCUGACCAAUCAGACCUGUUUGAUGUACGUCAAUCGGGACACACUGGCGGCCUGAGACUGCUGAGGCCGAUACAGGGCCCCUACUCGGACACAGUGCACCUUCAGAUGACUGUAAGAAGUCCCUUCGGCAAUGUGCUCUCCGUCCAUCUCGCAUACAUCGUCAUCGACGUCUCCGCCAAUCUCUUCUAGGGGACACGGGGGUGUGACAACACAUUAGGACAUCACCAUGACCGAUCGUCGAGAGCGUUAGUGUACAAUCAGUGUUAAUUACGCACUGCCACGUCGUGUGCAUAGAAAGAUCUAGAGUACUGCUUUCACAUGUAAUCGUAGUAGUUCAAACCCCACAACCAUGCACCAGUAAACCAACAUGCUUUUACAAACCCCAAGACAACAUGCUAAGUCUGCAUGGUCUGUUCACAAAUUGAUCAUAUCUAGAUCAUAGAUCACUGCUAUGUAAGCAUAUAUGCCUUAUAUCUGAGCUUCUCCAAUGAUGAUGUCCAUGUGAUUAUAGAUGUGUAAAAGCUUUCACAGAUAUUCAUAUAUAUAAUCGAGUGGAGUGCAUUGACAAAUGCAGUGGCCAAUUACACGACUUAUUAGUUGCUUUACCACCAAAUCAGAGGCAGCCAUAUGCAUUGUUGAUAAUCGUGACCCUUACAUCACUUAUAUAGUGUGUUAACCAGAAUCGUUGAUCGCCAUUUCAAAUCACACUGCUCACGCUUGUUUUAUUCUUUAUUAUACCAAAUACCCAAAAGAAUUCAAUAACUGAGCACUAAUAAUGUAGCGGAGUAAAAUGUAACCCAUAUUCUAUCUGUAGCAAAUGCACUAUUUUUAUGUAGACUUAUGUAUGAAAGUUCAUAUCUUAGCCUAAUUAAUAAUCAUGGUAUUGGAGUUUUUAAUAGGAAAUUAUUUUACCAAUGACAUUGGAUAA